AUGAUCCGUGAAAUUAUCAAAGGAAAGCAUCACUAUACUCUUAGUUAUAGAAAAGCACAAAAAGGUCGAAGAAAAGCAUUUCGAAUGGUUUAUGGUGAUUUUGAAAGUUCAUUUAAGGCAUUACCUCGAUACAUGGCUGCACUACAAUUAUUCAAUCCAGGCACUAUUAUUGAGUGGGAGCAUCAUUCUACAACAAUGCAAGGUGAGCAAAUUUUUAAAUUUCUUUUUUGGGCUUUUAAACAGAGCACUGAUGGUUUCAAAAGUUGUAGGCCGGUCAUUUUUAUCGACUGCACACAUCUUUAUGGUUUGUAUGAUAUCAAAUUGUUAAUUGCGAUUGGAAUUGAUGCGAAUGGAAAUAUUUUUCCACUUGCAUAUGCUUUAGUUGCACGUGAGAGUUUUGAGUCUUGGUCAUGGUUUCUCAAGUUAUUAUGGACACAUGUAGUUUGUGACCGACAAGGAAUUGGUCUUAUUUCUGACCGUCAUCAAGGAAUCUUGCAGUGCGUUCAAUCUUAUGAUUGGUUGAGUCCACUCAACACAUAUCAUAGAUUUUGUGUUCGACACUUAAAAGCAAAUUUUAAUAAAAAAUUUGUAAAUAGUGAACUCAAAAAACUAAUAUGGCUGGCUGCUACUGAGCAUCAGGAGAAAAAGUUUGUGCAACGGAUGCAACAAAUCAAAACAUUGUUUCCUGCAGCAUAUGAAUGGUUAAAUGAAUUUCCAUUGCAAAAAUGGACAAUGUAUAAGGAUGGUGGUCGUAGAUGGGGUGCCAUGACGACAAAUGUGUCUGAGUUAUAUAAUGGUUUAUUGAAAAAAGCUCGGGGGCUUCCUCUGGCUGCCAUGGUUCGAAUGACGUUCAAAACUCUCGUUGAUCGUUUUGUCGAAAGAAACAAUCUUGCAAUUGCAUUACUUCAAAGUAAUAUGUCAUGGCCUCUUGCGAUAGAUAAAAAAUUUAAUGAUUAUUAUCAAAGAGCUCAAGGGCAUAAGAUGACUUACAACACAGGUGAUGGAGUUUUUGAAAUUCUUACUUUUGCUCAUGAUGGUAAAGGUGGAAAUGUCCACAAGGUUACCGCAAAAGGUAAGAAAUAUUCUUGUGGAAAAUGGAGAAAUUAUCAUAUGCCUUGUUCUCAUGCCAUCAAAUUUUGUGGACUUCGCGGAAUCGAGCCAAAAUCUUAUGUAAGUAAAUUCUACAGUGCAAAAUAUUACAAACGAACAUACACUGAGACAUUUAACCCAGUGGGUGAUGAAAUGUAUUGGCCACCAGCUCCUUUUAAUUUAAUUGCAAAUACUGAAUAUUUGCGGACAAGUGGUACGCAAGGAAGAAGCCGACUUAAGAAUGAUAUGGAUAUAGCUCCGGCUCGCAUGACUAGAAAAUGUAGUGUUUGUAAGGAGACAGGUCACACAAAGGCACGAUGUCCUACUCGAUUUUAA